ACGCACUUUGGAGCAGCUCCUUAAAACAAAAAGCCAACCCCGGAGCAGGGCUCAGAUUUUUUUUGGCAGCUACGGAGGAGGCUGUAGAGCAUGGCUGUGAGGACCCUGGUUAUCCUGGUCGGGCUGGCGUUGGGGGUGCGGGGCGACAUCAGGGCCCGGGACCCCGGGCUGGAGGACGAGCCUGGGACCGUCCCGGGGCAGGGCGGCUGGGACCGCGUCAUCCCCGGGGUUUUCGGGACGCACCGUCGCAGCGGGACCCCCGGACACGGGCACCACGGGCCACCCCAAACGGGGCCCGCGCUCCACCCUCAGGGCCACGGGCCUCCCCUAACGGGGCCGGAGCACCACCUGCUGGCUCACAGGACCCCCUCAGAGGGACCCGCGCGCCACCCACAGGCCCACGGGCCAUCCUUCGCCCCUCAGGGUGUUCCAGAAGAGGUACCCCCCACCGGAGAGGCCAGGCCGCACCACCCAGCUCGCAUGGGGAACUGGUGUACCUUCGUGGAACAACGAGUCAUGACUGUGGCAGUUUCCUGUGGCACGGAGAAGUACAUCAUCAAGUCCCAGAGCCCAUGUCCCAAUGGCACGCCUGACUGCCAACUGGUCAUGUACAAGCUGUCCGCUCGUCCGGUGUACAAACAGCAGCAGAAGACUGUCACCUCCCUUCUCUGGAGAUGCUGCAGUGGCUACAGAGGCGAUGACUGUGAGGACAGAGACAGAGACGGCCACACCGCCGACCCCGGCAACCCCACGGCAGGAAGUGGCCUGCCCGGACCCUCGGCGACCCGCCGCACAGUAGCCGAGAGACUGCUGUCACAGCCAGCUGGAGACCAGACCUGGGAGCAGAAUGACUUCCAGGGCCCCGGUGGUCCCCCGUUCGACCGACUCCACCCCAACACCGAGCCCAGCGCGGCCGCCUUCACCUCCGUAUCCCAGCGGGGCCUGCCCGCCCUCGACCUCAAACCCGGCACCGACCACGGCACCGACCACGACCCCGACGACUACGCCGACUACUACAACAGCCAGGACCACAAGCAUGAGCGGGACCAUGACCAUGACCACGACCCUGACCACGGCACCGACCACGGCACCGACCACGGCACCGACGCCGAAGACUACAUCGACUACUACAACCACAACCCUGACCCAACCGGCCGGGGUGGAGUGGAUGUCACACCAAGCACUUCGCCCUUCCCCAACGCCCCGCAGCUUCCGUCCCUCCCCCUCCUGAUGGAGGCGCUGAUGGCCCAGCUGGGGCCGGUGCUGGACGGCUUCAACCGGACGCUCGAGCGCCUGUCCCACGAGGUGGGGGGCCUGUCCCAGGACCUGGCCCGGCUGAAGCAGGAGCGAGAGGGACGGGGAGGGGCCUCGGGGGGGCCCGGGCCAGGCGCUGGAGAGGGGGGCGACUUCGAGGCCAAGCUGGAGGAGAGCUUCUUCCAGCUGGACCAGGUGAGGGAGGAGCUGAGGCAGCAGCGCGUGGCGCUGGAGGACCGAAUGCAUUCCCAGCAGGCCAUGCUGCACUACAACCUGACCAACUUCAAGACCGACACCGACGUCAAGAUCAAGCGCAGCCAGAAGAUGAUACAGGUCAAUCUCCACUCCCUCAACACCUCCUUGACCGAGGUGAAGCAGAAACAGGAGCAGCUGGAGGAGGAGGUGCAGAGCGGAGGUGCACAUCACAGCCCACAUGUGGAGGGACCUGUGGUCUGGGACGCCAUUAGAAGGCUGGACGUCCAGGUGGUGAACAACACGGUGAAGGUCAACGCGUUGCUGGAGGACCUGGACCUGACCACCGAGAACAUCCGGGACCUGCAGAGGGGCUUCCGGGGCCUGGAGGGCCGCAUCGACCAGACGGGCCGCGACAGCCAGAUCCAGUUCAUGGAGACGGGCCUGGAGGUGGAGGCGGCCAAGGUGGCGGUCCUGGACCGCAUCCAGGAGCUGGCCAGCAACCUCACCCUCCAGGACGAGCAGCUGAAGGACAUGGACUCGGACAUGGACUACCUCUACACGCAGCUCUACAGGAUAAAUGCUACCAGCACGGACUGCGACUGCAAGGCCCUGAAGACCGGCCUAGCCAAGCUGGAGAGGGACGUCGCCAACGUCUCCAAGUCGGUCGAGGAGAACCGCCAGGGCCUGGAGGAAUUCGUGGAGGGACAGGACCGCUGGGAGGUGGGCGGGGACACCUUGGUGGAGGACCUGAAGCAGGGUCUGCUGCAGGUGAAGGAGUCGCUGGCCUUCGAGCAGGACAAGAGCCGGGUGCUGCACCUCAACGUGUCCCAGCUGCUGGCCUCCCACCUGGCGAGCCAGCAGGAGAUCCGCGGCCUGCAGGAGAGCGACCAGAGGAAGGCCGCCGAGAUGAAGCGGCUGGCCAGCUCCUUCUCGUCCCUCCUGAAGGACGCCAUCCGGCACACGGAGGUGCUGGAGGUGCUGCUGGGCGAGGAGGUGCUGGAGUUCAAGGAGAGGCCCGUCCCGGCGCAGCAGGAGUACUCCAUCCCCGUGCUCCGGGACCGAAUCCAGCAGACGCUGGUGCAGAUCAAGCACCAGAACGUGAGCCUGACCUUGCUGUGGAGGGCCGCGCAGGAGGCCGACGUGGCCGCGGAGGACCAGGCCUUGGGCUUGAGUGAGCCGGCCUCCAGGGGGCUGAGGAGGCGCAGCGGGGGCCCCCAGGAGGAGGACAUCCCGGAUUCUCUUAUGGGAGACCGACCCGACUACUCCGUCAGCGACUUCUGGAGCCUGGGGAAGGAGGUGGAGGACCUGAACGCCAAGGUGAGCCGGCUGGAAGAGCAGCGUUGCAUCGCAUGCUGCAACUGCACUAAAAACGCUGCCCCCGGUGGCCCGGCGGAGGAACUGCAAAGCGAAGUGUCUUCGCUGCGCAGGGGCCUUGAGGAUCACCUGCGGGUGUUCAAAGACGUCUUCAGCGACAUGGACGGACUGGCAGGUUCCGAGGGAACCCUGGAACUGGACAAGCUGUGGGCUCUGGUCAAGAGGAAGGAGGAAAAGAAGCGCAGGAGGCAACAAAAGGAGAAGAAAGCGGAGAAGAGGGAGAGUCACGGAGGCCAGAAAGUCAGCCUCCGCAGCAGGAGGGACGCCUCUCCGGAGACAGCUGGACUCACCGAAAUCCGAGAUGCACCCCUUGUGUUCCUCGCCAGUACCAGCGAGGGGGCCACCCAGACGGGGGCGGUGGUCUUCGAGCGGGCGCUGCUGAACUACGGGGAGAUGUACUCGGCGGAGACGGGCGUGUUCCGCGCGCCCGCCCCGGGGGUCUACCUCUUCGCGUUGACUGUGGAUUUCGGGCCGGGCCCCUCGCUGGCCCGCCUGAAGAGGGGCGAGGUGACCGCGGCCACCCUCCGCCGGGGCCCCGGGGAGCUGGCGGGACCCCUGUCCCGCCUGUGCCUCCUCGAGCUGGAGGGGGGCGAGCAGCUCCGCCUCGAACUGUCGGAGGGAACGGUCCGGCGCGGCAACGCGGCCGACAACACUUUCGCGGGACUCCUGCUGUUCCGGAACACCGGAGGACCCCACGGGAGUUAAACCGACAGGUCGGGAAAUUCGUCGGACAGCUGCUGCCCUGCAAGUGUCUCCCCCGUCGUACAGAGUAUAUAUGAUGAUGUAGAGGUGCCUUCGUAUGUUUCCACUUUGAAAUGCUUACUUUCAGUCUUUAAAACAUUUUCCUAUGCAACAAUGGUGGUAAAAUGAUUCAGGUCAGCAGCCUGCAAUCAUACGGAGAGAGAAAAGGACACUUGACUGCUCAGUAAGUCACACGGGCUGACCUUUAGUGACCAGCUGCCUGGGUGUGAGACGUACACACACACACAAACACACGCGCAAACCCAUGCACGCACGCACGCACACACACACACACACGCAGAUCUCCAAAACCAUUUUGAGGAAACAUGAAUCACAAAACAGGGGGUUUCAGUGAGAAUUCAAGAGAAGAGAAGAUAUGCCAAAGUGUAGACCACAGGCUGUAAAUGAUGUGGUUCAUGUAAGAGUCACGAUAACAUGCAGCUGUGCAAAAUUAGCCUUUGCACAGAUCACAUUCUUAUCAGCUAUGCCAGUACCCACACGAUUCCCAGAAACUGCCCCUAUUGCAUCACAUUCAUUCAGACCGUCGACAAACAAACUAAAAAUCAACGUGGAAACGCCAAACAUGUCAAACUUCACACAAUAAGAUUAAUGUGAAUAAAACAUAAUUAACUGCAUAUUGCAUGCAGUUUGACUCAAUGCUGAUGAACACAAUUUUGUUGAUGCAAUUACCCUUUCUAUCCACCAGAUGGGGCAUUAGACUACAUUGAGAUUGAAAACUUGGCCAAUUUUUCUAUUGUAUUUAUUAUACAAACUAUAAUUCAACUACACCCAUGCCCUUACGUUUAGAAACCCCAUGAAGUGGCAAAUGUAUUUUCCAAUACUUUGUUUUACUUGUACAUUAAACCUUAUUCCAUUAAAGAAAAACAGACCAGAAACAGUUAAAGAUUGCAUUAAACACUGUUCAGCCUAUUCACGGUAAGAGACUUAAAACCAUGUGGUUUUACGUGGUUUCCAAUAUCUCAGCCCCAGUAAAAACUUCACCCAAACACUUUGAAGCAUUUGAAAUAACGACCCAACACAAGAACACAUUUUUUGUGUACUAAAAUAAGGUUAUUUACUUAAAAAUUGAUACAUUGGACAUAAUCUGUGUACAGUUUUUUUUCCUUGGUAAACUUAAUAAGGCACCUUCUGAAAUCAGAUGCUGUACAAAAGACACUCAAGAGUUACAUUUUAGAGGUUAUUCUAUAUAGUUUUGCAUACAACACAGGCAAAGAGAGAGAAAGGUAACCGCUCUGUGAUGUGAUCGAUUUUCAAUGACUAUGUACAACUAAAGUUCAAUCAAUUACAGUGAUUUUUUCUUUACAAACACUUACAAAUUAAUUGGGAGCAUGGUUUCGACAAACAGACAAACUUGUGCAGAACAGACACGGGGUAUGAAACAAAACAAAA